ACAGGCCUGGCCCCGGCCCCUCGCCGCCCGCCGCCGCUUCUCUGUGGUCCGCGCGCCCCGGCUGCUCUGUGGAGCUGCGGGUCUCGGGGAUGUGGGAGUGGGGCAGGGGGCGGCCCGAGGGCCUGAUCCACGCGGCCCCGGAUGCCCGCGUCGGGAGGCGGCGCGUCCGGCCGAGGAGGGGCUUCUCUGUGGCUGCAGUAGUUUGUUCUCCGGGUCGUCUUUGGAGUGGCGGAGCGGCGUCCGGGCGCUGGGGCGGCCAAGUGGCGCGGGCAGGGUGGGAGGUGCCGUGAGGGCGGCGAGGACAGCGGCGGCUUUAAGCCUCCCUGGAAACCCUGGCCCUUGUGGCCGUGGACGGGGCUGCGGAUAGCAGCGUCUCCUGGAAGGGCUCUGGCUCCGUGAGCCCCGGGGAUUCAGGAGCCGCCGACGGUGGUGCACAUGCCGGGCGCACUAGGAGGCGGCCAGAAUGCCAAUGAGAUUCGGCGGACACGCAGCUGUCACCGGCCGCAGAGGGCCCUGUCUCCACCUCCAGUGCCUGCACUCCAGUAGCCAAGCAACAUAGGAAAUCGCGCUCAGAACCCACUUUGCUGAUUGAGAAAUCAGGUCCCCUCGAAGGCCCUGUUGGCAGAGCUGUUUUUGGAAGGAAGAAAGAUGGAAAGCAGUGCAGUUCUGCUGGAAUCCAAAUCCUCCCCAUUUAACCUACUGCAUGAGAUGCAUGAACUUCGCCUCCUGGGUCACCUGUGUGACGUGACAGUCAGCGUGGAGUAUCAGGGCAUCCGCAAAGACUUCAUGGCCCACAAGGCAGUGCUGGCUGCCACCAGCAAGUUUUUUAAGGAAGUGUUCCUUAAUGAGAAGAGUGUGGAUGGUACUAGGACUAAUGUCUACUUAAAUGAAGUACAGGUUGCUGACUUUGCUUCAUUUCUUGAGUUUGUCUACACUGCAAAGGUAAAGGUAGAAGAAGAUCGGGUGCAGCGAAUGCUGGAAAUGGCUGAAAAGCUGAAAUGUUUGGACUUAUCAGAAACUUGUUUUCAAUUAAAGAAACAGAUGUUAGAGUCAGUACUUUUGGAGUUGCAAAAUUUCUCAGAGUCUCAGGAGGUGGAGGUGAGCAGUGGCUCCCAAGUUAGUGCUGCUGCUGCCCCCAGGGCAAGUGUGGCCACUGAUGGCCCUCACCCCAAUGGUCUCACGGAUUCCUUGGGCUACCCAGGAGAGAGAGCCAGCAAUGGCAUGUCUUCAGAUUUGCCACCGAAGAAGUCCAAGGACAAACUAGACAAGAAGAAAGAAGUAGUUAAACCUCCCUACCCUAAAAUCAGGAGAGCUAGUGGAAGGCUGGCGGGGAGGAAGGUCUUUGUGGAGAUCCCUAAAAAGAAAUAUACGAGAAGACUCCGAGAGCAGCAGAAAAGUGCUGAGGGUGACGUGGGGGACUACAGGUGUCCCCAGGACCAAAGCCCAGACAGGGUGGGCACGGAGAUGGAGCCGGUUUCCAAAAAUGAGGGUUGCCAGGCAGGUGCUGAGUUGGAGGAAGUGUCAAAGAAAGCAGGGCCGGAGGAGGAAGAGGAGGAGGAGGAGGAGGACGAAGAAGGGGAGAAGAAGAAGAGCAACUUUAAGUGCAGCAUUUGCGAGAAGGCGUUUCUGUACGAGAAGAGCUUCCUGAAGCACAGCAAGCACCGCCACGGCGUGGCCACCGAGGUGGUGUACCGCUGCGACACCUGCGGCCAGACCUUCGCCAACCGCUGCAACCUGAAGAGCCACCAGCGCCACGUGCACAGCAGCGAGCGCCACUUCCCAUGCGAGCUGUGCGGGAAGAAGUUCAAGCGCAAGAAGGAUGUGAAGCGGCACGUGCUGCAGGUGCACGAGGGCGGCGGCGAGCGGCACCGCUGCGGCCAGUGCGGCAAGGGCCUGAGCUCCAAGACAGCACUGCGGCUGCACGAGCGCACACACACGGGAGACCGGCCCUACGGCUGCACUGAGUGCGGCGCCAGGUUCUCGCAGCCGUCUGCGCUCAAGACGCACAUGAGAAUUCAUACAGGGGAAAAACCUUUUGUCUGUGAUGAAUGUGGUGCAAGAUUCACUCAGAACCACAUGCUGAUUUAUCAUAAAAGGUGUCACACAGGUGAAAGACCUUUUAUGUGUGAAACAUGUGGCAAGAGUUUUGCUUCUAAGGAGUACUUAAAACACCACAAUAGAAUCCAUACUGGAUCCAAACCCUUUAAAUGUGAAGUAUGUUUCAGGACUUUUGCCCAGCGGAAUUCACUCUACCAGCAUAUUAAAGUCCACACAGGGGAGCGUCCCUACUGCUGUGACCAGUGCGGCAAGCAGUUCACCCAGCUCAACGCCCUCCAGCGCCAUCGCCGCAUCCACACAGGGGAGAGGCCAUUCAUGUGCAAUGCAUGCGGACGGACAUUCACCGACAAGUCCACUCUUCGACGGCACACCUCAAUACACGAUAAGAAUACUCCAUGGAAGUCUUUCCUCGUCAUUGUAGAUGGCUCGCCCAAGAACAAUGAUGGACACAAGACUGAACAGCCUGAUGAAGAGUAUGUGUCAUCCAAGCUUUCAGAUAAAUUGCUGUCUUUUGCAGAAAAUGGCCAUUUCCACAACCUGGCUGCAGUCCAAGGCACUGUACCUACCAUGCAGGAGAACAGUUCUGCAGACACAGCCUGCAAGUCGGAUGACUCCGUGGUGUCCCAGGACACCCUGCUGGCCACCACCAUCAGCGAGCUUAGCGAGCUGACCCCACAGACAGACUCGAUGCCCACACAGCUUCACUCUUUGAGCAACAUGGAAUAAGAGCUUCAAGCAGUUCCCAUCCUGUUAGUCUGUGUGGUAGCUGAACUCAAGAUGAUGUCAGGCUAAGAAAAAUAAUUGUCCAUGUGGGCAAGAAUGGCCUCUGCAGAUUUUCCUGAACUUCUGCUAACUUGCACGGCUUUAUCACAGCAUUUUUAAAGCUUUCCCUCAAAAAUCCUGAUCUGCAUGAUCUCAGCUACUUUAUUGACAAACAAGGCAGUGAACAUAACCUUACUUAAUUCUGGUGUAGGGUGUAUGUGUUAAUCGUUCUAAUUCUUGAUUAUCUAGUUUAGACAACUGCUGGUCUUAACUGCAGAGUACAGAGCACUGAACCAGCUCCUGAUAUUGUCAUUAGCAGUCUUCCUGGCUUCUCACCCUGCCUUAUAUUUCCAUGUGGGUUUACUUCUCGCAUAACUACUUUUAAGGUAUUUUUCUUCCAAGCUGAAAUAAAACUGGGGCCACAUAUUUUCAGUCAUUUCUUCCCUGUUGAAUUGAAGCAAAUCGGAUUUUCUGUGGGGACCCUCAAAUGCAACUGAAGAAAUAGAUUGUUGCAUUCAUUCCUCCCCACCCCCCAUUUGUAGGCAGUAAACAAGGUAUGACACAUUGAACACCUGCAAAACUGCUAGCAUAAUCUCAGCACAUAUGCAGCUAGGAAGUUUGUCAUAAAAUCAACUUAGAAAUGAGAUGAGACUGUUAAGUUUCAGUCUUAAAAAAAUCAGAUUAGGUAAAAGCUGUCCUACCAAAGAGUCUAGCAAAACAAUAUAGUAUUUUUUUGCAGAGGCGUGAAAAAUUAGAUGCUUUAGAGUACUUGAAAGUUGUGUAGUCAUUUUAUUUGCAAAAUGAGGUGACUGUGGCAAAUUCUAGAACACAGAGUAUUAUUAUUUUUGCCAGGUUUUUCUGACUUGAUUUCUGUAAUUUCCAGAAACCCAGACUUCUCAUUUCUAUACCUAGAGAUGGAAACAGGCAAGUAACUGACAUGUCUAUUUCCUUGGGAGCAUGUGAGAACACAGCAGUAGGGACCAAAAGUCUCAGCACACUUACCUCCGAUUAUGCCUUAAAGAGUUGAUUGUGAAGAACCAGUAACUGUCUCAAAUGCUUCUUUCGCUGUUUCAUGCAGGACUUAAUUAUUGCUUUAAAAAAUUCACAAUGAAAAGACGAUUCUGCUGUAUUUGUUAAAUGUUGACAUUUGGUUCUAGGGCCUUGAGUAUGUGCCAUGUGCUUGUGAAAUGCUUUGAUUCACAUGUAACAUUUAAACAUAUUAAUUUAAAAAGGGAACCUUGGAGAAUUCUUUUGUUCGCUAGUUCCUUUUUUGUCUACAUUUUUAAUUUAUUAAACUUGCUGUGAAAACAUUGAUUUUCUAAGAGGAAGGUACUUUGUCCUUAAGUUCCAGGAUGAAGAUGUAGCUGCACUAUGCCAGAAAUUAAUGAGGGAAGACUUUCUUCCUAAGUGCUUAUGUUUUAACUUAUGUUAGUGAAACCACUACAAGGUGUUUCAAGCGCUGAUAACAUGUUUCACACCUGCCCUUGGAGGUCACAGUACUAAUUUACUUCAAAUUUAGUUAUGACAAUGUCACUGUAUCCUAGUUAUGUUUACAGAACAAAUAAAUAAUGACUGUCACACAUCCAGAGGAGACCGAACCUGCCCAGCUGAUGUACUGUUUUAUGGAAUAAAGUCACUUGAUCAGAA